AUGGCCUUUCGAGGCAAUCAGACCUACCCUCACGACCUCACCCCACAAGUGUAUAAAGACGUCGUGAAGGCCGGGUACGUGUACAUGAAGGAGAGCAACAAGCUUUGGCCAAGGCUCUACUGUGUGCUGACCACUUACUUGUCCUUCUAUCGAUUACCCACGGACACCCUGCCCGAGCUGGUUCUGGAAUUGCGCUUCAGUUCCGUGCUGCCUGUCACAACCUACCCGGGAGGCUGCCGCAUCAAGGUCAUCACGCCCUCAACCAGCAAUCACUUGGUGCUUCAGGCCGACAGCGCGGCCGAUGCGCAGGAGUGGUUGUCGGCCUUGCAGAUGGUCUGUAAGAUCGUGCUCAGCGAAGACGAGAAAGCUAACCAAACGACCAUGGAAGAUGAUGUGGAGCCCCUUACCACUCCACUUCACGAAGAGCUGGACCUCGACACCAAGAAGAACGAGGAAAUGUCGUACGACAUGAUGACGAUGAGCGGCUCGAACCUGGCGCGGCAGCGGUCGUUCACCAACCUGAUCCUUAUGGAGGGUCCCCUGCUCACCAUGAGCCACUCCAAGGUGUGGAAGGAGUGGCGGAAGCGGUGGUUCGUGCUCUCUCGCGACCACUUGCGCAUCUUCAAAUCAAAGCAAGACACACGCUCGGGCGUCAAGGCGUCAGAUCGUUUCGAGGACAAGAAGCUCUGCUUCGAGGUCACUACCCCAGAGCAGUCCAUACUGGUCCUCGCCGAGAACGCCGACGAGAUGCGCAAUUGGAUCUUCACCAUCCGCCAAGCCAGUGGGCGACUGCUCGCCGAAGCCAUGUCGGACUCCUCCAUCUUGGGGCAAGGCGAACUCCCCGCAGAGGACCUCGGAAUGACAAGCUCGGGCGAGCUACCGCCGCACCAGACGCAGAUGUCACCCGAGCGAUCGCCCAUGAGGAGUUUCAGCAGCCUCCUGAUCGAAAAACAGGCGGAGGUCGUUGCAGCGCCAAGCGGGCCAAUCUGCGAGGGCUUCCUGUACAAGCGGAAAUCGCCGGCCAAGUCCGGCAAGCGAGUCUGGGUGGCGCUCAAAGUGGAUUCUCUGUACAUCUACAAGCAUCAGGGCGAUGCGACACCGCUCGAAUUUGUUAACCUGCUGACCAGCUCUGUUAAAGUGGUCGAUCCGGUCAAUCACUGCUUCGACGUUGUUUUGCCGAAUGCGUCGUUCCACUUGCAAGCCGAAAAUGCAAACGACCUGGCGCUCUGGAUGGCGGCCUUGCGUGGCAUUAUCGAGUUGCUGCUGAGCAACUUCAAGAAGAGCUCGGCUUCGUCUUCGCCGGCGCGGCCGCGCGCCAUGUCGGCGUCGGUGGUGCCCGACUCGAGACUCACGCGGCAAUCGCCUCCAACGCUGAUGUCCUCGAGCGCCGAUGAGAUGAGCUUGGAAGAUCAUGGAAGUGACGAGCUGGUAGAGGACGACCGGGUGCUUAAGCCCCAGGCGCUGCUCGACGCCCUGGCGGAGAGCGACAACGAGAUGUGCGCCGACUGCGGCGAGAAGGACCCGCGAUGGGUGUCCAUCAAUCUGGGCCUGUACCUUUGCAUUGAGUGUUCCGGUAUCCAUCGUUCACUCGGCGUACACAUCUCCAAAGUGCGCUCGAUCGAACUCGAUCUGUGGGACAAGGAUACGAUUCAAUUCAUGCUCGACAUGGGCAACAAGAAGGCCAAUGCGAUUUGGGAGCACUGUGUGCCGCCCGAGCUCGAGGCCAGCCGCCCCGGACCCACCAGUGACAGAACGACGAGGGAGGAGUGGACCAAGCACAAGUACAUCAAGAAGACGUUCGCAAACCUGGCCGAGAUCGCACGAUUCGAGGCCACUCGAGCUCUGUUGCCCGCGACGGCCGGAGCCAGCAACGGCUUCGUCUCUCCUCGAUCUGCCCGCAGCGUCAGCCAGCGGAGCAUUCAGCGGACCGGCCCUGUGGCGGCCAACCCGUGGCGGCCCUGGCAGGGAGUGGCGAAGAAGAAGAAAUCUCAGUACCGAGAGGGGUACCUCAACCAGCGAGGAAAGAUCUCCAAGGCCUGGGCGAAGCGCUGGUUCGUGCUCAAGACCUCCGUCCUCUUCUACUACAAAGUACGAGGCGAUAACCAGCCUGCGGGCGUAAUCGAUCUGAACGAAUGCAGCCUGCGCAAGAGUGAGACGGCCAAGAAGGCCAACUCCUUCGAGAUCGUCUCCCCCACUCGCGUCUACGUGCUCUACGCUGACACUGACGCGUCAUUCAAGGAGUGGAUCAGCGCGCUCAACAAGGCCGUCGGUAUGGGCAAUGGAUUGCAACUCGACAAGCAGUCGCCGGUAACCCAACGCACGGCCUCUCUCAGUCCUACGGGACAGAACCCCUCGAGCCCUCGUCGACGAGGCUCCAUCGCAUCAUCACGAGAGGCAUGGGUGACGGCACAAUACCGUACCAACUCGGACGCCAACCUGCUCAAGACCGCGCUGACGGGCGUGGCAGAUUCCGGGGCUGUGGAGGAAGCAGACACUGCGCCUACGGUAAGCCGCGUACGAAGUCCCUCGUUCGGACACCAGCGAAUACGGACCAACUCGCUUGAGCCGCCCAAACCCAACAAAACACCGGAACCGAUCCCCAAUGCCAGCGAGGCCGCCGAGGAGGAAUACGCCAGUGAAAAGAAGGAGGCAGACCGAUCGCCAGAGCCCACAGCCGACACCACCAUCAGCGAUGCUGAUCAAGGCACCGACGAGGAGAAGGACCCAGCGCACGGAGAGCACGCGUGA